AUGGGAAGGAAGAGAAAGGUUUCUGAAGUAGUUGAAGAAGGAAGCAUGGUUUGGGAUGACAUGAUGAAAGAAGCAGCAUCCCUAGGAGGAGCAAGACGAGUCCGAAAACGAUUCGUCGGCGUUCGACAAAGGCCGUCCGGUCGAUGGGUUGCCGAGAUAAAAGACACCAUUCAGAAGAUAAGAGUUUGGUUAGGAACUUUUGAUACAGCUGAAGAAGCUGCAAGAGCUUAUGAUGAGGCUGCUUGCUUGCUCCGCGGCGCGAAUACUCGCACGAAUUUCUGGCCUUGCUCUCAAUCUUCAACUAGUCCUGCUCUUUCUUCAAAGAUCACUAAUCUCUUACUUCAAAGACUUAAAGAAAGGAACACGAUGAACAAUAAUAACUCUUGUUCUUCGUUUUCUUCGCCGAAUUACACUUCCUUGUUGGGGAGUUCCGAGGAGAGUCAGGAGCACCAACGAGUGAAUGAUCAGGUGACACAACAAGUGGAGGAAACCUAUGGAGAAGUAUCAAAAGAUUUCUCAAUUGAUCAGUUCACGGAUUUUCUCAACGAUCACGAAGAUUAUAGCGCAAGCAACAACGAGUUCAUCAACGACGCUGCUCAAUUCGACUACAUUUCAAGUAGUUUCGAGUCAUGUUUAACCGAAAACAACGUCUGCAAAGGAAACGACAACUCAAAAACACAGACUUCAAGUGGUGAUAGCAAUUCAGAAGACAGUGAAGAAGAAGUGAAUGAGUUAGGAGCUCCGGAUUUUGGGUUCCUGGACGAUAUUGCUCCAACUAGUUACUACUCGCCAUUCGAGAUAGCGGAAGAAAUGGAAGAGAAAAUAGAAACAGAAGAUUUUCAUGAUGAGCCUUCAAUGAUAAGAGCUGUGAUGAAGAGAAUGAAGUAUGAGAGAAAAUGUUCAGCUUCUCUAUAUGCAUUCAAUGGAAUACCGGAAUGUUUGAAGUUGAAACUUGAAUCAGGGAAGAAUAAUGGAAGAGGAUUGAUUUCUGAACAAUUGAACAAUCUUAAGGAAUCAUGUAGCAAGAAGAACAAGGUUGAGAAGAAUGAAGAAAAUGAACAAGUUUCAAUGGAGAUUGAAGCUUGUUCAUUGUCAAGGAAUGAUAGUGAUGUUUUUCUUUGGAAUUCACUUGAUCUUCCUCCAAUUUGUUUUGUUAACUUACUUGAAAAUGGUUCAUUUAAUUAG